AUGGUGUCAUUCGUCAGCAAUGGCUUGAUGCCUGCCAAAACAACGGGUAUAAAUAUCAAAGUUGAUACGGCAAUGAUAUGCAGUAAUCAUUUUGACGAUGAUUGCUUCGUAAUAGAACAGACAAAACCAAGAGUGAAAAAUGGACCUGUGAAAGAAAUAAAAUGAUUAAAAAAGGAUUCAAUUCCAACAAAAAUGUUAAUAUUAGAAAAAAUAAGGACUGGAGUACCAACGUACACAGAACUUGUGGAAUAUGUACAGGAGAAGCAACGUUUGCGCCACAAAGAAAGUAUGCAAAAUAUGGAAGUAGAAGCUGUAGAAGAUAUAAACGAUACUAAUUGCAUUGAAGAAGUGGACUGUAUUACAACAGAAACUAUGCAACAUAUGGAAUUGGAAAAUGACACAACAAACAUAGAGACGUAUGUACUACAAAAAUCAGAGGAGAUAAAUUGCAAAACAUUGAAAGAAAAAGAACUAUUGGAACAACAAAAUGUACAGUUACGUAUGGAAGUAACAAAGUUACAAACAGAAAUACUCAAAAUGUCAACGGAUAAGCAGAAGCAAGAAAUCGACAUUUUAAAGAAAGUAUUUACACCAGGCCAAAUUGCGAGGUUAACGUCAUCAACAAAUAGUCGUAUACAGUGGUCGCCGGAAGAUAUAGUAUCUGCAAUAAGUUUACGAUCAUCAAGUCCUAAAGCCUACAAAUAUUUACGAAAUGUCAAGAAAGUACCAUUACCGUGUCCAAACACUUUGCACAAUUGGAUUGCUAAAUUUAAUGUUUCAUGUGAUAUUUUAACUGAUGUUUUAAAAAUAAUGUUUAGUAAAGGAUAUGACCUCUCAGUAACAGAAAAAUUAACUAUUCUGACAUUUGACGAAUUAUAUGUCUCCAAUAAAGGAGAUAUAGAUCGAAAACAGCAAAAAGUAUAUGGACCUCAUAAAACCUGCCAAUUCAUAAUGGCUCGAGGUUUAUUUAUAAACUGGAGGCAACCUGUAUUUUAUAAUUUUGAUACAGCAAUGUCUCAGGAAAUUUUAUUGAGUGUCAUUCAACAUCUAUAUAACAUUGAUUAUAUUGUCCUUGCUGUAACAUGUGAUAUGAGUCCAACCAACAUGAAAGUAUGGAAAGAAUUACAAAUCGGAGUGGAUAAUAAUGAACAAAACAGUACAAACACCGAGAAGAAAUGUUUUAUUAUACAUCCUUCAAAUAUUAUAAAAAUAUUCUUUUAUGCAGAUGUACCUCACUUAAUAAAACUUGCAAGAAACAAUUUUUUGGACUCUGGAUUUAACAUAUAAGGAGUUUCUGUCGAUAAAACGUGUCUGAAAGAAUUAUUAACAUUAAAUGAAAGAGAUCUAAAAAUAGCGCAUAAAUUGAACAGAAUGCAUAUUGAUGCCAAAGGAACACAACGGCAAAACUGGCUGCACAAAUCUUUUCCAAUCAAAAUGCGUUAGCAUUAAGAUGGUGUGGAGAAAACGGUUUUAUAUCUUGUACACAUUGGAAACACACUUCUAACGUACUAAAAUUAUUUAACGACUGGUUUGACAUUUUUAAUAGUAAUUUGAAAUACAGUAAAUGUACUGAAUCCCCAGGUAGAACAUAAAACUCAUAAUGACAUCAUGAUGACAUCACUUAAAAGUCAUUUCAGAAAAAUCAUAAUGAUCUCAUUCGAUACAUUUUUAGCAAUGUUUCAGUGACUUAUGUUUGAUCUCAUAUUGACUUUAAUAUGACUUCCAAAGAGAAGAAUAUUACACAAAAUUGAACGGUAGUAGCUUUUAUUUGCAUAAACAAUUAUAUAACUGUAAAAAAAACAUAAAGUUAUAAAAUCUAACCGCCUAUUUAAAUCUACUACGUAAAAAAACUUAGUCUUAUAAACAUUAAAGAAAUGAUAGUUAACUGUUCUGAGGAAUGUGCGCGUUAAAAUAAUUAUAAAAUUAUUGUUAUAAGAGAAAAUAAAGGUCAUUGCACUAAAUAUGACAGCCGAUUUAAGAAGUCCUAUACUACUACAUAACAAACUUAAAACAUUAAAAUAAACGAUAGUUAAUUGUUUUGAGGAAUUUGCGCGCCGCGAUUAAAAUAAUUAUAAAAUUAUUAUAAGACAAAAUAAACUUCAUUGCACAAAACAUUAAUAGCCUAUUUAAGCCCUAUACUACUACACUAUGGUGUCUCUCUCCCUCUACUGAAGUUAAUAGUUCUACAUAAAAAAAUUGGUCUCAUAAACAUUACAACAAACGAUAAAUGAAACGAAUGAGCUGAGGAGUUUGCACGACUAGAUUUUCCGCUGAUUACUUGUGUAGAACCAACGUGACAUCUUCUCCGCUUGUACCAAAUUGCUAUCAGGGAAUG